GAUAAUUUUCAGCUUUAUCGCUUAGGGGCAGCUCCCAUUUCUCCCAUUUCAUCCUAUCUCCCAUUUUUUUUCAGAAUAUCUUGCUGAGAAAUGGAAACUAAUUAAUGAUACGUUUCUCUCAACAUUUGGUGGAAAUUUCCAUCACUUGGAAAGUUGUGAAAGGCAGUUAUAUACGGUACGCUGUACGGCAAAAUAAUUAUUGACGAAGGAAGUAAAAAAUCCCUUAAAAAUCAUUUUUUAAAUUCAAAUGAAAAUUAGGGUUGCGCGCGAAGCACUAAUACACAGUCAAUUUGGAUUUCCCUCCAUUCUCCCUUUAUUGGCGAAAUACUUUAUAAAUUUAACAUGUAAAUAUGUAAAUAUUCUCCGUAUCGAUAGAGAAUCGUUUGUAAUUCAAUAAUUCUUUUUGUCUAAUUAUGGUUAAUUGGAAAUGUGGUACCCAGACGUCAUUAUCUACAGAUAUCCUGUAGGCUCUACCGUCGGUAACUCCGACCAGCUGCAAGGGAUGACCUUUGUGUGCGAUAGGUGGAACCCUUAUGGUAAUAGGUAAUGGCGCCACCAUUCCAAGAGAAUCGUACUAGCCUUUUUUGUUGUCGUCGAAACUCCGAAAUUGGAGUAUCUAUUUUAGUGCAUCCCCUUUGACUUUGACUAUCCACCUCUCCACCUCUCUUCAAAACCUUGCCACGAACUGGUGGAUUUCUCCCUCCUGCUCCUGCCUAAAGCAAUAUAGACACGGUGUAAUCUGUCAAGCUCAUGCAGAGCUGAAAGCCUCCGAGGAUACACACGUUUUUUUUACAUCGUCAUUCUCAUAACAUUAUAUCAAGCAACAUCUGCACAUUGACCAUGUACCACUGAAACUCCUAUUUACAUCUCAACGAUCUUCGAGAUCAGUGAAUAAAAAUUGUGCUAAAGACGUCAGUGCUCCAAAAUGUGAAAUUACUCGUCAAUUUUUCGUUUAUAUUGCGCAAAUAUUGGUGAAACAGACACACUCUUCCUUGCGCAAUCGAGGUCGAGACUGAAUUUGUGAGUGGUUCAUUCUCAACGACCAUUUCCUACACGACCGUUAUUGGGUCCCACUUGUUAUGAGUGGGAAUCUUCGAUACUUGAUUUUGACAACUGACACUUCAAGACGGAGGAUUUUUCACAGGUGUAACCUCAUUCUAUCCCUUUAAAUCAUGAAAUCUGAUUGUUCAUCAUUGCAGGCAGAAAUGGCAAUGAAGUGAGAGUGAUUAUGAAACAGAUAAAUUUUCUGUGAGAUUCUACCUGAUUGAAGUUGAUGACUUUGUUCUGUUGACAUUUGGAAUGCCAUAAAAUUUUUUAAACAUGUUUGAAUCGCCGAGAAGCCUCGAAGAAGUGUGCGUAGACUUUAUCUGUGACAAUGUUCUUGCCCUUUGCGAAGUACAGCCUGGGGAUUCUGGUGGUACUACUGUGAGCACCUCUGCUCCUAUCGAUAUAGAACAUCGAUCGAAUGGUUCUGCAAUCGAGAGCGGUGUUGCUGUGUCAUCUGCACCAUUGACAAGCUCUCCCAUCAAUAAUUCAACGAAUGGAACUGCAACAAGAUUAAGCUUCAAAGACCCGGAUGUAUUUCUGCCAGCAGAAAUAUCAGAACAAUUAUUGGCAAGUCUCUGUGAGAAAAAAGCUCUAUCAGAUUUAACCAUCACUCUCUUCGAUUCAAAGACAACGAGAUUGAGACAUGUAAGGCUGAAAGACGCAUCCAGCCUCUCGACUAAGGGAUUAAAAGUAUUGAAACAACACAAGAUUGUGGAUCUGGAAGUGAAGGGACUGAAAAUCACGAUUAAUGACUUGAUAAGUUGCCUUAGUGAAUGGAGUUUGCAAAAUCUUCGAUCACUGAGUGUUGCCAAGGGAAGCUUCAUAGACGGUUCUAGAGUCUGCGUAUUCCUACCAUUAAGCAAAUUACAAACCCUUCAAACACUCAAUGUUUCUGGGACCGAAUUGAAUAAACAUGGGUUGGAAAUCGUUGUUGAAGAUUUACCUUUCUUAGAGAGUCUCGAUAUAUCAUGCACUCGUGUUGAUGAUAUAACACCCCUUAAAAAAUGUAAAGAUCGAUUGAAAAGUCUCUCGAUGUACAAUCUUAAAAUAAGUGGCUAUGGAAAUUUGAAAUCAGUACUACUUGAUUUAAAUGAAUUGAGGCAUCUCGACAUUUCUGAUCAGGGUGAUCCCUAUACAUUUGAAAUGUUUGCGCCAGUGCGAUCGAAGAUAACAGAUCUACUACGCACUGUUCACUGUAUGCCUUACUUGACAAGCUUAGAUAUAUCUGGAAAAGAAGAAAUUGAAGUUAAGGAUCUCAAGGAUUUUAUAAAGGCCCAUCCAUACCUGGAAUUUUUAGGGCUUGUGCAUUCCGAUGCGUGUUACGACGAUAGCCUUGCCAAUCCUGCUAAUAAAGAUUUUCGACAUAGUCUAAAGGUAAGCGGUAUGGCAACUGAGGCACAAAUCCUGGAAGCACUCCGGAGAUACCCCCACCGGCCAAUUUACGUGCAAAAAUGUCUCUACAAUUUGUUCCGCUUAACACCACAUUUCAGCGAGCCACGUGUAGAUGUGAUAAAGCUUGUAAUACCUGGUAUGCGGGCUCAUCCGGACGGAUUUCGUGUCCAAAUGGCCGCCACUGCUUGUCUCUAUAAUUUAACUAAAGGUGAACUAGCGACAAGAAUUCAUCCGAAUGUUCUCAAACAGAUUGUAGAUCUAACAUUGGUUGCAAUGGAGUCAUAUCCAACUCAUUAUCAGUUACAAAAAAAUACCCUGCUCACGCUGUGUAGUGAUAGGAUUCUGCAAGAUGUCGCCUUCGAUAAGUACAGAUGCGCGAAACUGGUUAUGAACUGUCUCUCAACAUUCGACGAUCCAUCAAUGAAUCGAAUGUCCGUAGCAAUAUGUUCAAUUCUAGCAGCUAAAAUAUCAACAGUGGAAACGUCGAUGUUGGGAGCAAAGCCACAGUAUAUGUCAAAAUUACUCUCGAUGGUUAGAUCAAAAAUGGAAUCAAAAUCAGUCGACAUUACGAUGAGAUUUACACUGAGUGCCUUGUGGAAUCUGACGGAUGAGAGUGCGACAACUUGUAAAGUUUUCUUGGAAGAGGGUGGAAUGGAUUUGUUCUUGGUAGUGCUUGAGAGUUUCCAGGGUGAAUCGAGCGUUGAAACCAAAGUUUUAGGUCUGCUUAACAAUAUCGCUGAGGUUGGCCAAUUGAGGCAGAGACUUAUGCGGCCACGCUUCAUGAUCAUGCUAUCGUGUUUGCUGGAUUCGGAACACAUUGAUGUAUCUUACUUCGCAGCUGGCAUUGCUGCUCAUUUAUUGAGCGACGGGAUACAAGCUUGGGAAAACUGGACGACAGCGCCGAUAGUUCCGAAUAGACAACAGUUACUGGAACAACUGGGAAAGGCUGUGACAAAUUGGCAAACACCACAGCGAGAGAUGGUAGCUUACAGGACUUUUCAGCCAUUUUUCCCACUCUUAAGAUGCAGUGAGGCUUAUCCAGUACAAUUGUGGGCUGUAUGGGCUAUUCAUCAUGUCUGCACGAAGAACCCUAAACGUUAUUGUGGUAUGCUGGCUCAAGAGGGUGGCGCCGAAAUUUUACGUGAAUUGGAGCAGAGCAACGAGAAAGGUGGAACACAGCCAAACGUGAGGACCCUAUGUCGCUCAAUUUUAAAUACACUCGCAUUCCAUCCAUGCUAACAUUGUGACAUGCUCAUUCUUUCGCAAAAUGUCGAAGUACCACAUGAUUAACGAUGGUACCCUAGUCAAUUGAAAAAAAUCUCUUAGCAGUGCACGCUUUUUUUCAUGUAAUUUUAUCGAUCUCUUCUGGCGAACAAACAAAGCUAAGAAUUUAAAGUGCAAUUUACUUCGAAAAUUCGGAACAUGAGUACUUUAUGAUUUUACCACUGUUUUUUUUUAACUGGACAGAAUGAAAAAGUUCAUUACAUAAAUUGCCAAGUCCAAUUAAUCCAAUGAUUGUGCUGCGACCUAACUGUUGACCGUAUGUUAUUGAUUAAAUUAUGGUCGUUGCUGCUCUCCCGCGCCGAACUGCUACUAUUAUAUAUCUGUUCAAUCAUGCUCUUGGUAGCAGUGAUAAAAUUGUAAUAAAGUUAUGAGCCCCAAACUAUGAAAUAUGGUUAAUAAAGAGACUUCAAAUUUGUUAUUAUUAUUCUAUGAUUAUUCAGAAAACCUGAAAAAUUUAACGGAUCUAAUUGAUUGUAGCAACGAAACAAAGGGAAAUACUCAAUAAAAAGGCAGGAUGGUGUAGUAUUCUAAAAAAAAACAUCCGAUUUUGUCUAAAGAAAUUUUUAUUUUUAGAAUUCACUUUACAUUGUCAAAUUAACAGCUGUUUACUCAGUUCUGAUGUUUUUUUUCGUUCCCUAUCUUUCCAAAGCGUUUAUUUUUUUAAUUUUUUUUUCUGGAUUUUUUUUUAUCAAGUGGGUAGAAAAUGUAUGUACUAUUAAAAAGUUUUUUCUCUAUUUCUUGAAAUGGAUGUUGAUGUUGCGCCGCACCUGGAAAAUACUGAGCGAUUUGGGCAUAACAUAGGUAAAAUAAAAAAAAAACAUGCUCAAUUGGCGAGGAGAUGUCUGGAUAUGCUUGUGAGACGUCAAAAUAAUGACUACAACGGAACGAAAAAAUUCAACUGUGUUUUUACCAAAAGUCUGUUUUUUGUUCAAUCGAUUUUUUUUUCUUUGAUAAAUAUUAACACACGUGUUAAUGGAAAUAUGCUGCUGGAAUUACGUUAUUUACUUUUGUUCUCCUUAUUUUUUUUUCUCCAUUCUUCGUUUUUAGAAUAUAUAAAACAGGCUAAACAUAUAAAUACAUGACAUAAGCUUAAACAUUUAUCUUGUAGUUCAAUUAAUUUCUAGAUUUUUAAGAAUGUCUCAUUCUUCGGAUUUAUAAUUAAAUUGUACUGGAGUGUACAAUGUUCUGUUUCUUUUAAAUGAUAAAGUAGAGCCUGCAGUUGAAUAACAUCGAUUAUUAACUACAAAUUCAUUAACAAUAUAAAUGGUGCAUAUGUGUUUUUCUUCUAAGGUAUAAUUAAGUAAAAACGAAAUGCUUAAGAAAUAAUUAAGUAAAAACGAUUGUUUGUAGAUGCCUUGAGGCAUUAAAUUAAUUGAACCACAGAAAACGAAUCUUUUUUUUUUUCAUUUGUUUCUUCUCUCUCGGUGAAUCAACGUCAUACGACAAUAGACGGAGCUUCUUUUCGUCAUUAUUAGAAACCAUUCAAUGCAAAUAAUUGUGCCCAUCUUUGUCCAAUUUCUUUUUUUCUUUUACCAUUGAAGUUUUUUUUUUCACUUUUUUCUUUUCUUUUCUUUUUUAUCCCCAUCGUAUGUGAUUUUUUUUCUGUGGACAUAUCAUAAGAAUCGGCGUAAAUUUCUUUGGUUAUGACGUGGAUAUUAUUUUUUUUUAUGCUACUAUUAAAUGAAAUGUUUUGUUAAAAAAAUGUAGAAUGUAAAG